CCACUGAUUCGAGUUAGUCUUUGAGACGUGUUCUUGCGCUCCGUGUCGUUCACUAUUGUUUCCGGAGAAUCGUAGUUAUUCCGCCCUUUAUCUCGUCUUUGAUGUCCUCGUUAUUCGUGUUAUACUUCUUGUCGGUAGAAGAAUAUAGUCAUAUUCUCCAUCAGUAAGAAAUAAUAUUACGUCGGUUAUACGUAGAUGACCCCGCGAUCCGCGCAACCGUUUCUUUGACAAAUCCCUAGUUUUAGUGCGUUUAGGUUUAUGUUUAGUGUUUUAUAUGUUAAUUUUAUUGUUUACAAUCGUUAAUUACAUUAAUUUUAUUGUUAGAUUAAGUUUUAGUAAGGUUAAUUGUUUUUACGACGCCAUUUUGUCGUGUCGCGUCACACACGCGUGCUGAGCGCUAUGGUUAGUAAAGAGGCACAGCCCCCGGUGGUUGAGGUUUCGAAGAAAAGCCGUCGUAGGGGGCGUAGAGCCGGUAGCCGGGCCGGCAGCCGGGCUGCCAAGAGACGAGCGCGAAAGGCUUCGAGCCAGACCAUAGCCGCUGCCGCUAUCGCCACAAGUAUCCCUGAGAAGUUAGGUUCUCCGGCCAAGUGCGCUGUGCAUGCGUUCCUGCUGAAGUACCAAAGUGCAAUGAGGAAGAUUCCCGCUCAGCUGCCACCGAAGGUGCACGCCGGACCACCUAUUCCUCACGGACCGCCAUCUAAGAGAGUGAAACGUGUGUCGUGGCGCGAGGACAAUAGCGUGUCGUGCGGCGGCGGCGGCGGCGACCCGGCCGUGCUGGCGGUGGGCCCGGCGCGCAAGCCGCUGCAGUACUCGCGCGACCAGCUCAUGCGGCUGCGGAACUCGCCGCUCGUCAAGCGGAACCUGGAGAACGCGUUCGCUGGAUGCGAGGCGCUUGCGCUUGUGCUGAAGAGACGUUCUGAUUCACCGAACGAGGAAGACCGAGGCGCGAGAGGCGAUGCACCCAACGAAAACCAUAAGGUAAAUACUAAGGGUGUGUACGGGCGCGACCGGGACCGCGAGCGUAGAUCAGCGGACCCCCGCGAGCGGGUGCGCAAGGAGAGCGAGCCGAGCGGCGGCGGCAUCGUGCUGUCCCCGCAGCGGCGCAGCUUCACGUCGGGCUGCGGCGCGCCCGCCGCCGCCGCGCCCGCGCCGCCCGCGCCGCACCUCGCGCGCACCCGCCCCGACUCGCCGCUGGCCGCCGCCGCGCCCGCCGCCGCGCCGCAUCCGCCGCAGCAUCCCGCCAAGCCUGAACAAGGAGGUCGUCGCAUCGGCUCUGGUCGCAUCAUGGUGCGCGACGUGCCCAACAACGCGUGGGAGGAGGGAGAGUACCGAGGCGGGGCAGAGCCCUACCGCCCUCCGCGCGAGAGGGAACGUGAACGCGAACGUGAACGGGAACACACCAGGCCUAACAACGAAAGGUUCGAACGGCGCUCGUUCGGUAGAGACUCCUACUCCUCUGACAUCAAGAGGGAACGGGAGGAUCGAUUCAUCAACGAGAAGAUGCGAGACAGAGAGGACAACCGUAGAUCUGGUGGUCGCUUCUCUCAACGACGCCUUGAGAAGGAAGAUGAACCCGAAUGGUUUAGUGGAGGGCCAACAUCUCAACUGGAAACGAUCGAGCUCCGCGGUUUCGACGAUCCGCCCAAGAAGAACGGCAACGCGAACAAUAAAGAGACUGAGAAGUGGAACAACAGUGGCGGCACGCGGUCGCCGGCGAAUGAGCGGUGGCGGGAGACGUCGCCCGUCACGCAGCCCGCCAACGACUCCACCAACUCCAGCAACGAUAAGGAUUCUGGAGUGGAGUCGAAGAGCGAGGAGACGGUGCAGAACAGCGACCAGCAGGAGUUCAACCUGGACGAGUUCCUCAAGUUCGAUACCAUACCGGACGUACUUACUAACGGCGGCGGCGAGACGGAGGGCGGCAGCAGGUUCAGCCGUUGGUUCCGACGCGAGAGUCCCACCAACGAUGCCAAGCAUUACGAGCGACUCUUGCACAAUAUGGUUGACGAACUGGACAACGGUCGCAGCGAGGCGAGCCCAGCGCUGGCGGGCGGCGAGUCGCACGUGUUCGCGCCGAUCUCCCCGGCCGGGCGGCCGCAGAACCCCUCGCUCUUCGACCUCCUACUCCGAGCCAACGCCAACACGGCGCACGAUGCGAGACCUGAAGCCCAACAAGUAGGCGGCAAGAUGCACAGCCUGGAGGAGCUAGAGGCGCGGCUGAGGCCCCAGCACUCGCACCCUCAACACUCCCAGCAUUCACAACACUCUAUGCCGCAGCAUCAUGUACCGGAGCAUGAUCUCACCGCUUUCAAACGACUUCUGGCGCAGGUGUCCGGUGGGCACGCAGUGGCGGCGGCGCCCGAGCCCCCGCGGCCGCAGCCCCCGCCGCAACCCAUGAGCUUGUUACAGAUGCUGAACAAGAGCAUGGAGCAGCAGCAGCAGCAGCAGGCGGCGGCUGCGCAGGCGCAGGCCCAGCACCAGCCGCCGCACAUACCGCAGGAACUGCUCUACAAGCUGCUGCAGGUGCAGCAACACCAGCAGCAACAGGCGGCGGCGGCGGCGGUGAGCGCGGAGCUGGCCGGCAUGGCGCCCGCAGACAGGGACCUGCUGCAGCGCCCCGAGGCACAGGCCAUCGUCAGGGGUUUGAAGACGGGUGAGAUUACGGCCCAGCACUUAAUGCAGCAGCUGAGUAACCCGGGGCUUCAGAGUCGGCACCGUGAAGUAUUGCUUACCAUACUAAGACUGCACCAACACCAGAGACAGAUGGGCGAGUCCCCGUUACCGGGAGGCCCUCACCUGGUGGUUCCACCUCAUCAUCAACCGCUGAGACUGUCGCCUUUACCUCAUCAAGGCGUGCCGGCUCGCAUUCCCUCGCCGCGCGAGUUAGCUGCGCACACGCAGUCCAUAAUGCAGAAUGCCCUCAUCAAGAAGAAGUUGGAAGAGCAGCGCGAGAACUACCGCCGCCGGCAGGAGAUGCAGCAACCCAAACAGUCCACUCCUAUAUCAUUCACACCCACCUCGGUAUUACGUAAAAUGACUGCAGAGAAAGAGUCUGACACGCCUAGUCCGAAGCAGCAGCAGUGGACGCAGCCACCCAAGGUGCCGCAGGGCAGGCCUAUAGUUAAGGGUAAUCAAAGCGGCAAUGCGCCGACGAUCGGCUACGCAACGCCCAAUGAUUAUCAACAGCAUUAUAUGAACCAACAGCAGCAAAUGCUGGGUUCAGUGCGACCGUUCCCACAUCCGCCACAGAGGCAACAAGUACCUAACUCUUACAACAAUAUGAACAACAUGGCUCGCGGCAUGGCUGGCGGCACUUCCCUUCACAAGCUGCUCAUCCAGUCACACCAGAGGAGUCUCAAUGGCAACUUCGGCGAGCUGGGCGGCGGCGGCGGCACGGGCGGCGGCGACAACCAGCUGGCGCGCUGGUUCUCGCCCGAGCUGCUGGCGCGCGCGUCGGCCGGCAAGCUGCCGUCCGUGCACGUGCCCAACGCGCUGUGCCUCGAGGACCUGGAGCGCCACCACCACGCGCCGCCCGUGCACAACUGAACGCGCCCCGCCCGUCUAGCAAUAACCCUCGACUCCCUUUAGAAUAAUAUAGUCAUAAUCCUUUGUAUAAAACGAGAGGAAAUGUAUAAGAGAGUACUCGUAUCGUGCGCAAAAAUAACGUAAAUGUAUGGACGAAAGAUUGCGUCGUAUCGAUUACUAAAUUAUUCGAUAAAUUAUCCAGACAUAGUCCGACGUUCUGUUCGAGAUUUAGAUCUGAUUGUUUUGGCCCGUGCAGACUUCACACGUUUGAUUACAUUUGGAACAUUGGAAUUAUACAAAAUCAUGCUUGGAAUAUCUGUUAAAGUACCCAAAUGUAUUGGAACAUCGAAAUUAUGUUCACUGUCAAGAACAGAAGUAAAUAUUGUAGGAAAUAGUUUAAACGUAUAUCGUAAGACCUGAUUCUGCCUGUCAGUAGAAAUAUUGAAAUUCAUUAAAACGUCCGCAACUUUAAACCUUUGUUGUAAAAAUCUCAAACCUUUUAAAACCUUCGAUACAAUAAGUCAAUGUUCCCUUCAAAUUGUGUAUUGGACAGGACUAGUGUUGACACGAGGUGGCAGCUGACGGCGAGUUAACAUUUUGAUGUAUUCAUUUGUCUUGACUGUUUCCCCUAAUGAUUAUUUUGUCGCCGUCAGCUCCCUCACUGACUCGGCCGCGAUGGAGCCGUGUCUCCCUCCAUGACACGACGUAGGGCGCGGGGUGGGAGGCACCCAGCUAACUGCAUGUGACCUCAUUUCGUUGUGUACUUCUUGCGCCGCGACCGCGUCGGGCCGGUUGAGAUGCAGAGUGGACGGAUGUGUGAGAGGUGUGUGUAUGUGUGUAUACGUAUGUCUACGGUUGUGUUUGUAAGCAUUUUUGUUACUACGUCGUUUAUGUGAGGAGAAGGAUUUUCGUUGAUAAAGUAAUACAUGUCUGUCGUGUCGUUCCCCGCGGCUGUACUCGGCGUGCGGCGAACGGACAAUGUUAGGGCGACCGUUUUAGUUCCGAAUCGCGAUUUCAUUUUGUAAUACGAUUUUGGAAUUUGGCACAAGUGUUAACGAAAAAAGAAAAUAAGCAUUUGUGUUUAUAAUUCCUUGAAUAUAUUUUUUUAUGAAUUUUACGAUUCGCGUGCGAUUUUAGCGAUUCUUUUUUUCAUCAUUGAGACCUGAGCUAGAUGCAUGUCAAUUAUCAUUUCGGAUAGCCGCACGGUAGGAGCGUACACAGACGUGGUAUACUGCAGCCAGUACUGCAGACCUGUCGCUCCAUUCUUCCCUGUGUACGCCCUUACGACAAAUGUAGAGUAUUACCGUCCAGAAAGUGCAUGUCAAUCUCUUUGUUGGAAACUCAAGCAAUUAUACUACGUACAUAACGCCUAUGCCUUUUAAUAAAUGAAUUAAAUAUAAAAAACCCAGUUUUAAAGACCAGUAACAUGUAUUGUUCAGAGCGGACAAAAUAAAAUGAAAGUUUACGGAUUUAUUUAAAAGAUACAAUGUGGGAAAUGUUUAUUUAUGUAUAGUGACUAUGUUGUACAAGUAUCAAAAUAUAUAUGUAUAGUAGGAGUACGGGCGUCCGUCUGAACGCGAGCACUGGUCGUAUAGCGCAGGUUUCAACACAUUUUGAUGACAUUUUGAGACGGAUUUGAAAGUAUAAUACUCUAAUCAUGAAUGGAUAUGAUUUUUAUUUGUGAGGGGACUCGGUGCCGAGAGCGGCGCAUGAAAUGUGCCCCUGCCGGCACCGGGGUACCAACUUAGUGGUUUAGUGGCGAAAUUUCAGUUGAACGGGAUUGUGAGCCGUGGCGAUAGCACGGCGGCACGGCAGUGCCCACGCUUACUUGUAACAACACGAGAAUGUCUGUAAGCUUUAAAUUAUUGAUUAAAGAAAAAAUUGAAAGUU